AUGGACGCGGCGGAAGGGAUCGACGUGUACGCGGGCGCCGCCGCGAGCGAGGAGACGCGGCGAAGCGCGAUUCAACGCUCGACGAAGGAGACGUCCAUCGACGUGAAGCUGGAUUUAGACGCCAGUCGCGAUGACGUCGAGGGAUCGAAGAUCAGCACCGGUAUCGUCGCCCUCGAUGGAUUGUUCACCGCGAUUCAACGCGAAGCCGGGGUGGCGCUGAACAUCGCCGCCACGGGAGACUUGUGGAUAGACGACCACCACACGGCGGAAGACGUGUCCAUCGCCGUCGGCCAAGCGCUGAACAAGGCGCUGGGGACUAAGAAAGGGUGUAAUCGCAUGGGGAGCGCGAUGUCCACCGAGGGUGAGGCCACGGUGGAGUGCGUCAUGGAUCUUAGCAAUCGCCCGUACUUGGGGUACGGACUCGAGCUCGAGAGCGACAAAGUGGGCGACCUCAGCGUGGAGAUGGUCGAGCACAUGUUCAUGAGUUUGACGUUCAACGGGCAAAUGACGGUGCACUUGGUCGAGCACGCGCGCGGCGCGGACGAAGCCGAAGUUGCCACAGCCGCGGCGAAGGCUUUCGGUAAGUGCUUGCGACAGUGCGCGGCGAUUGAUCCGCGACGCGCGGGCUCCGUGGCGUCGAGCAAAGGUACGCUCUCUGUGUAG